GUUCUUCGUCGUGUGUCGUCUUGGGUCAAGCUGCACUGGGCUCAGUUUGCAGCAGAGUAUAAAUGUUUAGUUAUAAAAAUUGUUGUGUUUGUUCCCUUCUCGCGCGUUGAACCUAUUGCUUUUUCUCGUUUUCAAGGGAUCACGAAUUGUCUAGUGUAAGAAAAAACAAGUUAAAUUCAGGAUGAUUUCGCUACAGUCUCACAAUCAGGUACUAUACCACCUGACUCAAUUUACAUCUGUUAUUACACCAAGGUCUACGGUCCAAGUUAAAAAACACAAUGACUCCAGACACAAAAAGACUGAAGAAAUUCUCUGUAAAGACAGUUUUUUUGAGGCUGUAAAAAGUUGCAAUGAACUAGGUAUGGAUAAAUUAUAUGUACAUAACUUGACGAGCUCACUGGGAUGCAGCAGAAACAGUAUAUGGGAAAUGUUGGAAAAAAUUUCCAAAAAAGAGAAUUUGAGGGUCUCCCAAAAAAAUGACAAGUGGAGAGUAUCAUACGUCUCUGGGGCCAGCUUUACUGAAAAUAAAAGAGGCUUUCCAAAUACACAAUUGUUAAAUGAUUCGAUGUCAACGUUGUAUCUAUAUGUAAAACCCCAAAGGAGAUACUAUCACAAAUUUCAUUUCCUGAAAUCACAUCCAAGCAUGUCACAAGUUAGGUUUUUCAAAACAGUUAGGAGUGUUAGAGCAGAGUGUGACAGAAAUCCUACGUUUAGCACAAGAUUGAAGAAAUGGAUUGGUAUAAAACUUCAAUCGGAUGCUAAGCCUGUAAAAUUAACCAGUGAAGAGUUGCAAACUAUUUUAACAAAAGACUUGAGCAAAUUAAAGAACAAUCAAGAUGAAAAGUACGUAAAAAUAGAAGAGUUGCACAGAAUAAAAACGGCCUUUGCUGAAGGUUAUCAAGCUGGUCAUGAUCACAAACCCCAUGGAAAAGCAUUCAAAGCUCUCAAGUUUACUUAUCACAUGAUUUCUACUCUUGUCCUUCUAUCUCUUCUUGUCGUUUUAAUGGGGACAACAGGAGGUAGUAUGUUCAAAAUUCAAUUAGGCAAUAGAAUACAAGUCGAUCCAGAGGAUAUUAAUGUAACAUUCAAUGAUGUGAAAGGGGUGGAAGAAGCAAAAACGGAACUAAUGGACAUCGUUGAAUUUUUAAGAAAUCCAGACAAGUUUUCAGCUCUUGGUGGCAAACUGCCAAAAGGUGUUCUUCUCAUUGGUCCGCCGGGAACUGGAAAAACUCUAUUGGCUCGAGCAGUUGCUGGUGAAGCUGGUGUACCUUUUUUCCACGUGGCUGGACCAGAAUUUGACGAAGUAUUAGUUGGCCAGGGCGCACGAAGAGUUAGAGAUUUAUUCAAGGCUGCCAAAGAACGUGCUCCUUGUGUCAUCUUCAUCGAUGAAAUCGACUCGGUCGGAGCAAAACGUACGAAUUCUGCACUCCACCCUUACGCGAACCAAACAAUCAACCAGUUGUUAACGGAAAUGGAUGGGUUCCAUCAGAAUGAAGGAGUUAUAGUCUUAGGAGCCACAAAUAGACACCAAGACCUUGAUAAAGCUUUGUUAAGGCCUGGUCGUUUUGACUCUGAAGUCACCGUCCGAGCGCCCGACUACAGAGGGCGUAAAGAAAUUAUAAAUUUGUAUUUGGGGAGAGUUUUAACGCGUGACAUUGAUUCGGAAUCAUUGGCAAAACGCACCAUCGGUUUCACAGGCGCAGAUAUAGAAAACAUGAUUAAUCAAGCUGCUUUGAGGGCCGCAAUCGAGGGUGCCGAGUUUGUUACAAUGGACCACAUUGAACGUGCAAGGGACAAGGUGAUAAUGGGACCGGAAGGCAAAAAAGACGCGGAUGAAGAGGCCAAUCGUAUAACGGCAUAUCACGAAGCAGGGCAUGCAUUAGUUGCAUAUUUCACCAAGGACGCAACUCCGCUGCACAAAGUUACGAUUAUACCAAGAGGACAAUCCAUGGGACACACAUCGUUUAUUCCCAACAAAGACACGAAUUACACAACUAAAGCACAAAUGCUGGCCAGAAUGGAUGCUUCCAUGGGUGGACGUGCUGCUGAGGAGCUUGUAUUUGGUUUAGACAAAGUUACUUCUGGGGCUUCAAGUGAUUUUAUGCAUGCUACACAAAUUGCUGAGGCGAUGGUUAAGAAGUACGGUAUGUCAGAGAAAGUGGGCUUCAGAGUGUACAAGGAGAGGAUGGAAUUUGGUGAUGACGAUGGUUCUUACAGUUCUGGAACGAAAGAAGUAAUUGACAACGAAGUGAAGCGACUCUUGCAGGAAUCGUAUGAUAGAGCCAAAAGUCUUUUAAAGAAUCAUAAUAAAGAACACAAGCAGCUCGCUGAAGCUCUGCUGAAAUACGAAACGUUGACUGCAGAUGAUGUCAAAACGAUUGUCGAUGGUAAAAAAUUGCGAUACGAGACUAAUGAUGCGAAUCGAAAGAUAGUCGACGUCCCGACCAACGUCAUGUAACGAGCUCGCAUGCCUUGUUUUUUUUCGAGAAUAUUAUCUCAUUUGAAUAUUUUUUAUAUUUUAGACCGUUUCAUUAUUAACGCAGAAA